AUGCAAUUUAUUUUAUAUAUAUUUAUUAUUCAAGCUAACAAACAUAGACUAAAUUUAGAUCCUGGUUUGAUGACAUAAGUUUUUGAUUCACCAGUUUCUAUAGCUAUGAUAGGUACUUAGUCUUUUAAAGCUGUAGCACAAUCUGCUAUAUUUUUAACAUAUUGGCUUAAUUGA